AUGCGUCUAUCUAUGGCGAUACAGGAGCCCGCGCCGAACCGACAAGCAAGAUGCAUCGAUAAAUCUCACUUCGAGCUGCACGACGUACUACACGUUCAAGCAAAAUUCCCUUUUGCGCCGCAGUAUCUGUCCGAACGGCUCGGUCGAGCCGUAUCAAGUCGAAGACAAUAUUUCACGUACCGGGAACUGCACCACGACAAGCUAGCAAAAGGCGUUGACAAGCUAGGUCUGGAGGCCGCCAAGACCGAGUUCACAGCCAGCUCAACAGAAGCCACAACGCUUCGACGGGCCGACAGCCUUAGCAUCAUGGAUGGCGACGACGAUGCUUUAUCCAUGACAUCCUAUGCAACUUCCGUCAACGCUACAUUGAGAGCCCCAAAUCUGCCCAAGGAAGCUCGCGAGAAGGAGCAUUACAACUGCCCAUUGUGUUACGGCCUGGUGGCUAUACAUACGACAACAGCUUGGAAACGGCACGUAUAUCAAGACCUACACCCAUACUGUUGCACGUACAAAGAAUGCAGCACUGCCGACAGGCUCUACGACUCGCGCCACGCUUGGUUCGCGCACGAGGUGGAAGCACACCGCUCAAUUUUCCAGUGUGUUGAGGGUUGCCUCGAAGGGUUCGAGAUUGAAAGAGACUUUGAAGAUCACGUCAGAUCGCGGCAUGAGGAUCUCGCAGCGCCGGGCAUGUUUUCAGCACUCAAGAGGACUUCGAUCAAAAGCCCCGCCCUCACGGAUAUGACGACAUGCGGCCUGUGCAACAAACGUAUGUCGCUCCGCGCUCUCCAGAAACACCUCGGUCAUCAUCACGAACAGCUCGCGCUGUUUGCGAUUCCGUCGAAUCUAGAUGAAACAGUAGAUGAUGAGGGUGAGGAAGAGCAGGGUUCGCUACUGAAGAGUGGAGUAGCUGAGGAGGACAACGACGAGGAAGUGACCGACACAAGCGACGCCUCCGGUGCAGAAGACUUAGUCAUCGGUGAUGAUGUGGAAAAAGCGAUUUCGGGCUACCACUCUUUUGCAAAGAGCGGAGGAGUUCAACUCGACAAUAAGGCAGAGGGAGCAACGCCAGAUGAGGAGCUGAACAAAGUGGGGGAGGUUCCUGGCACCGAGGCGGAGGUACAAGGAGGAAAGGACAACACCGGGAUGGGAAUGAACGCCAUGCUCAACGCCCAAGGAAUUCAGGACCAUGGCGGCGGUCGGAAUCACGACGACUCUGAAGAGAAUGAGUGGUACUCCUUGGCUAACUAUCACGACGCUCGCAAUGUUCGUAAAUCACAGCCGGGUGAGCAGUUCGCUCGCCGCACCUCUGAGACCCUCGCCCCGGAACGCUACUACGCAAGUGACCUGCACCAAAGUAGGCAUGCAGGUCCAGCGCCUAGACCCGAAGAUAGCGGUGCUGAGCCCAGAACUCGUCAACUGCUAGAAGAUUGGGGUUCUGAGGACGGGGUUCACAAGCACGAGCUUCAAAUGGAAAAGAAUCGCGAGGCUCAGCGCAAAUCCAGGAUGGAAGUAGCAGAGCAAAUAGAUAGAGACGCGGCAGAUGCUUUAAUUGAAGCAGAUGAACGCGACCUGGAAGACGCAGACAGGCGCGAAAGAACGAGAAGGCGGGAGAUGCUCAAAUUUAGCGAGUUUAUGGCAGGAGGAAAGGAUGCUGAAGCACGGAUUCGACAUGUUGAGGAACGCAUUCGCGCAGACUUGGAACUGGAACGCGAGAGGGAACAAACGCUUGGUGGACCCAAGGCGAAAGCACAGAAAGAGCAAAGCGAGAGGGGUACGGAACGCGAGAGGACGAUACUCACUGAAUUCGAGCAAGAACAGAAAGAUCGAGCGUGGACGGGAGACGAAUUCGAGACACCCAUACGUAGGCGCCUCCAACAAUUCAACCACCAAGCCAACAUGGUUCCACAUAAUCCGCAACCCGUCUACGCAAAGAUCCGGAGAGAGUACCUCGACAUCGAAACCCUCCAUUACUAUGAUAUCCCGUAUAGGAUCGACGAUGACCCGAACUACAUCAUCGUGCUGAGGGAGAUGGACCCUAAAGAGACAGACAUCCUGUUUGAGCACACGCGCCGCCUUCGCAGCAAUCAUGGGGAUCGGUUGUUCGUCGAAGCAGACGGAAGGUCUCGUAUUGGGAAAAAGAAGGCGCGAUCGAGGGAUCGCGAACCAUCCCGGGGACCUGGAGAUUCGAACAACGUUACUCUCGGAGAAAUGUUCUUUAGAUGA